CUCCACCCUCCGCGCUCGUGGCAACACCGUCACGAUGCAAGCCCUCCGAAGGCCGUUGAGCUCCGCGCUCCAGAGAGCCGCGAGCCGGCAAUGCUACUCGACGAGCUCGAGCCCGUAUGCCGAGACGAUCAAGAACCUGCGCAUCAACCACGACACCAAGGUGCUGUUCCAGGGCUUCACGGGCAAGCAGGGAACUUUCCAUGCCCAACAAGCCAUCGAAUAUGGCACGAAUGUCGUUGGGGGCACCAACCCGAAGAAAGCAGGGUCCGAGCAUCUGGGAAAGCCGGUGUUUGCGACGGUGGAGGAGGCCGUGAAGCAAACGGGGGCUACCGCGUCUGCGAUCUUUGUUCCGCCACCGCUUGCGGCGAAGAGUAUCGAGGAGGCGCUUCUGGCGGAGAUUCCGCUUUGCGUGACCAUCACCGAGGGCAUUCCCCAGCAUGACAUGGUCCGCAUAACAGACAUGCUCAAAUCGCAAAACAAGACCCGCCUCGUCGGCCCCAACUGCCCCGGCAUCAUCGCCCCCGGCCAAUGCAAAAUCGGCAUCAUGCCCGGCUUCAUCCACAAACGCGGCCGCGUCGGCAUCGUCUCGCGCUCGGGCACCCUGACCUACGAAGCCGUCAACCAGACCACGCAAGCGGGGCUGGGCCAAUCCCUCGUCGUCGGCAUCGGCGGCGACCCCUUCUCCGGGACCAACUUCAUCGACUGCCUCAAGGUGUUCCUCGAGGACGAGGAGACGGACGGCAUCAUCAUGAUUGGCGAGAUUGGCGGGUCGGCCGAGGAGGACGCGGCCGAUUUCUUGAAGGAGAAUAAUAAGAUGGGGAAGCCGGUGGUGAGCUUCAUUGCGGGGAUUAGUGCGCCGCCGGGGCGGAGGAUGGGUCAUGCUGGUGCCAUCGUCAGCGGCGGCAAGGGCGACGCAAACUCCAAGAUCAACGCGCUCGAGGCGGCGGGCGUGGUCGUCGAGCGGAGUCCCGCCAACCUGGGCAAGACGCUGUACGACCAGUUUGUGAAGCGCGAUCUGAUAUAGACUAUCAUCUCGAUUUGGGGGAGGAACGGCGAGGUAGAGAGAGGCGUAGUUGAUCGCGGCUUCAGUGUAUUAUGCAUGCAUGAAGGAACUUUUGGUAGAAGAUUGCGAGGUUGAUAAUGUACAUUUAUCUUCGACCUUUAUAUCUCUGAGUCCGUUGUGCCG